CUGAAUCUGGAGAUUUACUUUACAGUUUUACACACAUGAACUACAAAUAGAAUUAAAAUAAUCCAAUUACAUAAAAUUAAUAUAAAGUCAAAUGUAACAUAAUGAACAUAGAUCUCUGUCUAAGUUAGAGAAGGAACAAUCUUUUCAUUUUCAUAAAUUUUCGUUGUAAGAGUUCAUAAAAUCGUAGGAAGUGAAAGAAGGUGGUAUUGGCCCGGGUUCUUUAUGGGUUUAACGGGCUUAAAAUGGGCCGUUUGGUUCAUGGUUAUUGCAACUUGGAUCAGCCCGAGAACGGCCACAUCGACCAACUCGGCCCGAACCUUGCCUACGCACAACUUUGAUAAUUAUACUCUUGCUCUUCGUAAAGCACUCUUGUUCUUCAAUGCCCAGAAAUCUGGGAAACUACCCAAGAACAAUGGAAUUCCAUGGAGAGGAAACUCGGGCCUACGCGACGGGUCACAACUGAAAGAUGUACAGGGAGAUGGUUUAGUUGGUGGAUACUAUGAUUCUGGGGAAAACACAAAGUUUCAUUUCCCUUUGGCUUACUCCAUGACAAUGCUAAGUUGGAGCUUGAUUGAAUACCCUCACAAAUAUCGUGCCAUUAACGAGUAUAAUCAUGUACUCGAACUUAUCAAAUGGGGAACUGAUUACUUGCUCUUGACAUUCGAUUCUAAUGCCACAAAGAUCAGCAAAAUCUAUAGUCAGGUUGGAGGUGCCUAUGAAAAAUCAAACAUACCAGAUGACAUCACCUGUUGGGAAAGACCAGAAGACAUGGAUUAUCCCAGACCAGUACAAACAACAUACGCAGGACCAGAACUCGCUGCAGAAAUGACAGCAGCUUUAUCAUCAGCCUCAAUACUAUUCAAACAAAACAACCCUACUUACUCCAUAAAGCUCAUCAAAGCAUCCGAAUCCCUCUUCGCCUUCGCUAGGGACACUCGUAAAAGACGGCCCUACAGCCGAGGAAACCCGUGGGUCGACCCGUAUUACAACUCGACGGGGUACUUUGACGAGUACUUGUGGGGUUCAACGUGGUUGUAUUUAGCUACCGGGAAUGUUAAGUAUUUGGCAUUAGCAACUAAUCCGGGGAUAACUAAGAAUGCGAUGGGUUUUAGAUGGACGAGGAAGAUGAGUGUGUUGAGUUGGGAUAAUAAGGUUCCUUCGGCUUUGAUGUUGCUUACAAGGGUGAGGUUGUUUAAAGCUCCUGAAUACCCUUAUGAAGAGACAUUGAUUGGGCAUCAUAAGUUUAUUGCUCUCUCUAUGUGUUCUUAUCUCAAACCCUUUCGUCUCUUUAAGUGGAGUAAAGGAGGACUGAUACAGUUUAAUGAUGGAGGGGAAGAAUCUCUUCAAUAUGUAGCAAAUGCUGCAUUUUUAGCAAACCUAUUUGCUGAUUACCUGAAUGCUACUGAUAGUCCGGGAUGGUUAUGUGGCCCUAAUUUCUUCCCUAUUGCUACACUCCGGGAAUUCGCCUCAUCUCAGAUAGACUACAUAUUGGGUAAAAACCCCCUAGACCUAAGCUAUGUGGUGGGGUACGGUGACAAGUACCCGAACCGUGUACAUCACCGAGCAGCUUCAAUCCCGUCAGACGGUCUGAAGUACUCGUGUAAAGGUGGAUACAAAUGGAGGGACAGCACAAAACCGAAUCCCAACACCAUUGUAGGAGCCAUGGUUGGCGGACCUGACCGGUUCGAUAAUUUCCACGAUGACCGUAGUGCGUCCGCGGGACCCACAUUAGCCGGAAACGCCGGGCUCGUGGCAGCCCUUGUUUCACUGACUAGUGGUGGUGGUUAUGGUGUUGAUAAGAGUUUCUUGUUUUCAAACCUCCCACCACCACCAAUACCAUAAUGUUACAGAUUCUGAUUGUAAUUUUUGCAACAAAAAACGUAUUAUCUCGAGAAAAAGAAUCAAUAGUAUCAUGAUUUCAAUAUAGAAAGUUGAAUAUCUUGUAGCAGAAAUGACCUACAUAAGUACAUAUACCUUAAAUGGUAAUUGGAUAUUACCCAUGCUAGGAAUAGGGGUAAGAAAAAUCGUGAUUUCUCGUUUCUGGUGAAUCGAAAAAUCACAAAAAAUGUAAUUUUGAUGGAUAAAUUCUUAUGCACAAGGAAACUCAAAUUGAUUUA